AUGUGCGAGAGUCUUGACUUGGUUCAGUUUCUUUGGGUGAUGUCGUCUCUUAUGAAUAGCUCAGCAAAUCUUAACGAGUCGAGACCCUGCAUUGCACACCUUCACAUCUGCAAGCACGAGUUAAGGUCAAACACACUCAUAGUUUUUUUUUAUGAUGAUGAUGAAGUAGCGUUUUAUAUUCGCAUUUUGUGGUUUAAGACAUUUUCCAAUGUGGCAGAAUUCACUCAAAGAAAUUUUUAUUCUUUGAUAAGCUAA